AUGAGUGUGCACUACAAUAAAAUCCGAGACUCAGAGAUCAAACUGCAAGAUGUGAAGGCACAAGAUAUACCUUUCGCAGAUGAUGGGACGUGUCCACCUACGCCAACGGACGAUAGCCUGCCUACCAAGAAAAAAGACGGCCUGAUCACCACUGCGGCUGUUAAAGUACCACAGGACACCUACCGACGACUUUUUGACCUCCAGCUUGGGGAGAGUGACUAUUUCGCCGUUGCAGAAGAGGACCGAUCUCAUCCACACAGGCAAUCAGUCGUGAUUAUCAAGACUUUUACCGGCCCUGGGGCAGAAAGCCAGAUACAAGCGAUACGCAGAAUUCAGCACAAUCGGUUUGUCGAUGCCAAAGAGUUUUUCCCUAUAGAUGAGGGAUACCUUGUGUCUUUCGAAUUCAUGCCCCUCGCACUAUGUGAAAUAGCAGGCAAUCCUCUUCUGAAUGAUGUACGACUGGCGUCGGUGGUGGGACAGAUCGUUGAUGGGCUUCUGUAUCUAGAACAAAAUGGUCUCGAGCACUCGAGUCUUACCUGUUCCAACGUAUUAGUAGACUUGUUUGGCAAUGUUAAGAUAUGGAAUCAGGAACACAUUGAACUGUCGGCCGGGAGAUACCAACAUGUCGAGGCUGUGGGGGAAAUUAUCAUGUACCUUGCUCAUGGCCAGGCCCGGGAUGAUGGGAUUGUGGGCCUGGAUGAGCCCCAGCGAUUCCCGUUGGCAUUCGAUUUUCUCUCCGCCACACAAACAGCAUCCAAAUUAAGCACCGUUACUGAAAACGCCUUACUAAAGCUUCCUUGGCAUAAGAGUCGGCUCGCAGGCCUGAUUUGCUUCACAAAUACAUGUGUGGGCUUUGGAUACAGAUUUCCAGCAACAGCGGCAGGAGAGAUGGGCAGCGCGGACUCUUAG